UAGCAGAGUUCGUGUUUUGUAUUCGUCUGCGCUUGGUUUUCAUUGUGAAAUUUGGCAUAAGUUCACAGUUCAAGUCGAGAAACAAUGAAUGCCUCUGAACAUGGGUUUAACCCAGCCUUUAACAUGGCCUCCAUAAAACAGGCUUUCAAUGAGGCUGUGGAAAGAGUCUCAACAGUUAGGAUGCCUGCACCGACGCGGCUGAGGGAUCUGAUCAGACAAAUACGGGCUGCACGAACAGCUGCAGAAGAGAGGACAGUUGUGAAUAAGGAAUGCGCGUAUAUUCGUUCAACGUUUAGGGAAGAAGACAGUGUGUGGAGAUGUCGUAAUAUCGCUAAACUACUGUAUAUUCAUAUGCUGGGAUAUCCGGCGCACUUUGGUCAAUUGGAAUGUUUAAAGCUCAUCGCUUCGCCUAGAUUCACUGACAAACGAAUUGGUUACUUGGGAGCCAUGCUGUUGCUAGACGAGCGGCAAGACGUACAUCUCUUAAUCACGAAUUGUCUAAAAAAUGACUUGAACAGUUCCACACAGUUUGUCAUCGGUUUAGCGUUGUGUACUCUCGGUGCAAUCGCGUCACCGGAAAUGGCAAGGGAUCUGGCGUCCGAGGUAGAGAGAUUGAUGAAAUCGCCGAACGCGUACAUCCGAAAGAAAGCAGCGCUCUGCGCUUUUCGGAUCAUCAGACGCGUACCGGAGUUGAUGGAGAUGUUUUUGCCGGCCACUCGCAGCCUAAUCACCGAAAAGAAUCACGGGGUCCUUAUUACCGGUGUCACUCUUAUCACGGAGAUGUGCGAGAACAGCAUUGAUACGCUGAAUCAUUUCAAAAAGGAAUGCGGCCAUCGUGAGAUCGUGCCAAAUCUCGUAAGAAUCUUAAAGAACCUAAUCCUAGCCGGAUACUCGCCCGAGCACGAUGUAUCCGGAGUAUCAGAUCCGUUUCUUCAGGUGAAGAUAUUGCGUCUUCUACGUAUUCUAGGACGUAACGACGUCGAUGCAUCCGAAGCUAUGAACGACAUUCUUGCUCAAGUCGCCACUAACACGGAAACCAGCAAAAACGUCGGUAACACGAUACUUUAUGAAACGGUUCUUUCGAUCAUGGACAUUAAGUCGGAGAGUGGGCUUCGAGUCUUAGCGGUCAACAUACUGGGCAGAUUUUUAUUGAAUAACGAUAAAAAUAUCAGAUACGUGGCCCUGAAUACGUUAUUGAAGACAGUUUACGUGGACACCAGCGCGGUGCAGAGGCAUCGAUCGACAAUACUAGAAUGCUUGAAAGACCCAGACGUAUCGAUCAGAAGGCGUGCAAUGGAUCUAAGCUUUGCGCUCGUCAAUUCCAACAAUAUCAGGAAUAUGAUGAAGGAGUUGCUUUUAUUUUUGGAACGUGCCGAUCCCGAAUUCAAGGCUCAAUGCAGUAGCAAUAUCGUAAUGUCCGCGGAGAGAUUCGCUCCGAAUAAACGCUGGCAUCUCGAAACUCUCUUCAAAGUACUUGUCGCGGCUGGUAAUUAUGUUCGAGAUGACGUGGUGGCGUGUACGAUACAAUUAAUUUCGGAGACGCAGUCACAACAGGGUUAUGCCGUUAGUGCGUUGUGGCACGCGUUAGAAAAGGACACAUCCGACAAACAGCCUUUGGCGCAGGUUGCCACGUGGUGCAUCGGUGAAUACGGGGAUCUAUUGUUAUACAGUUCACCAUCGGAAGACGCCGAAACUCCAAUCAAUUUGACAGAGGAUGAAAUUAUUGACGUGUACCAGAGAUUACUCUGGAAUCCACAGAACACUGUGAUCACAAAACAGUACACCUUACUAUCUCUUACUAAAUUGAGUACGAGGUUUCAGAAAGGUCACGAGAAAAUUUGUCAGAUCAUAGAUACGUUUGGUAGCAAUUUGCAUAUCGAAUUACAGCAGAGAGGUAUAGAGUUCUCACAGCUGUUUCGAAAGUACGAUCACCUGAGGCCUGCGCUGCUCGAGAGAAUGCCGCCGAUGGAAACCGCGCGACCGCAGGCUAAUGGUAUUAUAGGUAUGAUGAACGGUGAGCCAGAACUGGAAGACGAAAAGUCCACAAUGCUGGAAUCAACCACAACAACUACAUCCGAUUCAAGUGUACUUUUAGAUUUACUUGGAACUACAGAUGUAGGAAUAACGAUGCCGGUGGCGACGGCCAAUAAAAAUUCUUCAUCAAAUUCAUCUACGACAGCACAUAAUAAUGACCUGUUGGAUUUACUUGGAAGUUUGGAUUUGAAUACACCUACACCUGUCACUCCCACGUUACCACUUCAACCACAGAUGUCAUCCACACCGAUGUUCAGUCCUACUAACAAUAGUAACUUCUUAGUAGAUGGAUUACUCAGUACUCCGAUAGUGCAAAACGAACUACCGAGUAUGGUGGUCUUGGAUAAAUCAGGGCUCAAAAUAACGUUCAAAUUAGAAAGACCGCCCGAUAUUCCUGAUCUGUUAGUCAUAAAUAUGUUGGCUCAAAACUCCGGAAGCACCAUUUUAACCGAUUUUUUAUUUCAAGCAGCAGUUCCUAGGACAUUCCAAUUACAAAUGUUAUCGCCGUCAAGUACUGUCAUUCCACCGUCUGGUCAAGUAACUCAAGUCUUGAGAGUGACAAAUAUGAAUAGAGCACAAUUAAGGAUGAGAUUGCGUAUAUCGUAUACGGGCUUGACUGGAUCAGUUUUGGAACAAACGGAAGUCAAUAACUUUCCCGUUUCAAUAUCGCAGUGACAAGAUGUUAUACAAAGUACAUUUGUACAUAUGCUCGUCUAAAAAUAAUUACUAAAGUUUUGGAAGCGGACUGAAAGAAAGAUGAAAAAACGCAAUUUUUCUUUAAAAACAAUGAAACAUACAACUCGGCUACAUUUAACACACACAUGCACGCAUGCACGCACUCAGAAAGAGAGAGAGAGGGGGGGGGAAGGGGGAGGGAAAGAGAGAGAGACAUUUUGUAUUAAGCAAUUAAAUCAUUGCAUGUGCUGCGGCACUAAUAGGACAAGAGCUAAACUUUCUAAGGGAGACUUUGGAUAUGUUAAAAGGCUAAAUGAAAUAGAAAACGAAGAAACAAAGAAAUGAAAGUAAAGAGAAGAAAACAGAAACACAGAUGCUUGACAUGCCACUUAAGAACAAUAGAACAUUGAACAAACUCGAAAGGAUUGAAGGAAAAUUACCUAAAGUGCUCUGUCGUUGCUCCAAAAAGUUAUCUGUGAGAAGGCGCUUAUAACUCUUGCUGUAACAAAACAAAAAAAAUACGAUCUUUUCUACCGCUGUAUUUGUAAGAUAUCACGGACGACUUGCGAAUGAUCGUCUUGUAAAUAUUAGAUAAUUACAAUGACGUAGAGGUGAGAAAAUCCUUACGCAAAAUAAGAAAAAUAGAAAAAAAACAUGUAAGGAUUCUUUAUAACUAUAUAUGAUUCAAUAACGCGAAUAUACGAUAAUAUCCAUAUUUUUACCUUCGAGAAAAAGAGAUAUCAUUUUUUGGAAGGAAAGAUACACGAAGAUACAAAUAUAAAUAAAUAUAUACAGGACACCUAUGAUACAUAAGUGUUAUGUACGAGUACACAGUUUCGAAUUCGUAUUCAAAAUAUAGACAUAACAUUGGAAAGCUGCAUUUUGAUUGUCAUGUUAUAUCUGUCGCGCGUAUGUAUGCAUGUUGAGCUUUGCAUCCCAUUGUACAAGAAAUUCAUUAUGAGAAAGAUUGGGAUUCUGUUAAUGGUUCAAUCAAACCUCUUCGUCUCUUUUGAAUUAUGUUGAUUCCUAUGAAAUGCUCUAACGAUGUUUUAACUAUUAUUGUAUUAAAUUGAUUUUAAUGAUAAUUCUGACGGAGCCAUAACGUCGGAAUCACACCUCCAAAAUACUACGUAGCGAAAUCGUCUUACAAAGUAGAAAUGCAAAAUUCAUUUUAAGGUAGAUUUCAUAUCCGCGAAUUAUAGUCAAACGUCUCAUUCUUAUUUUCAUGAGUUACAUAAAGGAUAAUUGUGUAUAUAU